UGUUGCAAACAGGAUAGAUUAGUGGAUGAAGUGGGGCUGUGAUUCAAAUCUGUAACGUUGCUCUGGAAUGAUUUAACUAACUGCUCUCACUUUACUUACCAACCAAGUGUUGAAAAAUCAACAUUUGAGAACUUAUAAUAAACACUGGCAGGAGUGCAGAAAACUCAACUUGUAUCUGGGUCAAUUUACUUCAACAACAAAGAGGAAGCAGAUGCAAAAAUGACUGAGAACCAAAAAUCUACAGAGACGAUAAUGGACAUAGAUGAUGGGAAUGGUGGAUACAAGCGCCUUUUGGUGGAUGGGAGUAAGCUUAAAUAUUCAGUUUAUGCGUUGAGAAACAGCCCUUUUAGGGCCGCUACGCUUAUUCUUGGGCUGCUAUGCAUUAUCCUGGGGAUUGGACUCUUCGGUCAAUCUGUCCACCACUGGAAAGUGAAUAAAGAACAUCAGAAGACAUUAGAUGCUGCAAGAGGGGAGAAAGACAACCUGCAGUCCAACCUGAAGCGUGUACAGAAUGAGAAGAAGAACCUUGAAGUUAACCAAAAUGAUUUACGACAACGUUACAACCACAUAUCUAAAUCCGUAACCCAAACACAAACCAACAACAACUUACUAAAAGAUGAAGCGAACAAACUUAAAGAGAGUCAAAGUAAGUUGCAAGCCAGUAACGGUGCUCUUAACAAAGAACUAGAGGAGCUGAAGGCCAGUAAAGAGCAGCUGCAGACUAAUAACGAUGCCCUGUCGACCGCCAAAAACUCAUUACAAACUCUGUAUGAAACACUGGGCAAGAGCAAAAGUAUAUUACAGACCAACUACGACUCCGUGAUUAAAGAGAGGGACAAUUUGCAGAACAAAUUCAACAAUGUCACAAGGUCAAAAGAGAAGCUGCAAAUGAGUUACAACAGCUUGAUCAAGGAUAUUGAGCACCUCGAGGAGCGAUUCAACGCCUCGUCCAGCGAAAGGGACAACAUUGCAAGCAGUCACCAAAACCUCACGUUGGAAAAAGAAAAUCUCAUGGCUGCACAUGCCUUACUUUCCAAAGCCACUGAUGAAUUACUGGCCUCCUACCAUUCAGCAGUCCAAGAGAAAAGAGAUCUUGAAAGCUCUUUGAAAAACGUGACUGAAGAGAGGGACCUGCAGAGGGUGAAAAUCAGCAAUCUGAGUGCAGAGGUUGACGAGCUGCGGGCUGAAGUCACAAGACUGAAUGCCACGGUGACAGAAAAGGUCUGUCCAAGUGGCUGGAAGAAGUUUCAGAAGAACUGCUACUACAUUUCUUCAUCCAAGAAGACCUGGUACCUGAGUAGGAACAAUUGUCAAGGAAAUGGGGCAGACCUUGUAAUCAUAAACAGCCAAGAGGAAAUGCAAUAUAUAAAUGGAUUGUUUUCAAAUAAUAAAGAGGUCUGGAUGGGACUGACCGACGAGGGAGUGGAAGGGGAGUGGAAAUGGGUGGAUGGAACCGCACUGACUUUAAAGUUUUGGGCUGAUAGCCAGCCGAACAGUUACAAUGGCAACCAGGACUGUGGGGAGUUUUGGCACCGUUCUUCCGGAAUGGCUGAAUGGAAUGAUGAAAAAUGUAGUUCACUGAGGUAUUGGGUGUGUGAAAUGUAGAUGCGUCAAUGAUUUACCAUUUUUUGAAUGCUUGAUCUUGAGUGGAAUAAUAUGUGCUGUACAUUUGUGAAAUGUAUACAAUAUCGAAGGACCAGGCGGGUCUUAAAAAGGAACGUACUGUACUUAAAGGCUUUUUCCCUUUUAAAAUUGUAACAUGGAUGUCAGCCACAGCUUUAUUAACAGAAAAUACUAAAUGUUAUUAAGGUAAAUUUAAGUACUCUUUUUGUUGCUUCAGACUUCCUAGGAUUUGUUUCUGUCAAGUGGAUGUAUACAUUUACAUUGACUUGAUUAUAAAUGAUAAUCUGCUGUGGUAUGGAUUCUCUGUCAUAGAAUACAUGAAAAUGUAUAAACACCUCCGAAAGCUGCAUGAACAAAUAAAUAAUUAUCAUCAAACAUUGCUUUAUAUC